AUGCAACAGCGCUUCAGUACCGCCUUUGGCAAAAGGUUGGAGCAGCUGAUGGCAGAGGUCAUGCCCCGCGAAAGGGGGGAUGCCAGGGACUGGGCGCUCAUGUGGACAUCUGUGGCCAUAUUUGUGUAUGCUUCCAUGCACUUGUACCGCCUGUAUGCCUAUGCUUACUAUGCCCUGGGCUUGCGGCCGCUUGCACACCUGCUGGGGCAUUAA